AUGAAAAAGAAUCAAUACAAUGUGCCUAUACUCAAGAUUGGUGAUUUUGGCAUUGCAGACUCGCAGCUUACAACACACUACGACGAAACUUUACAAGAUACAUCUUUAGAACCCCACGGCUCUGAAAGAGUGUUACGAGAUCGUAUUGGUACAUUACUAUACAUGGCACCCGAAGUUCUUUGUGACACUUCAUACGAUAAUCGAUGCGAUAUCUGGUCGAUUGGUGUUAUGUUUUACGAGAUGCUAGUUGGUCAUACGCCUUUUGCAGCAUAUGCCCAAUCCACAACCACAUUGAUGAAAUGCAUUUUAAACAUACCGACAGAUGCACUCAGUCCUCGUGUUGGAAUCACCCUAUCAGCAGAAACUAGACAGAUUUUGCAAGAACUUUUACAGCCUUUACCCAAUAAUCGAAUCACGUUUGAAAGAUUGUUUAACCAUGAGUACAUUGAUCUUGCUCAUCUACCUUGUGAGCUUUCUUUUCAAAAGGGAACCGAGUUGAUCCAAAAAGCACGGAUAUAUGAUGAACAAAUGCAAAAGAUGUCACCCAAUACCACUGCCGAUAAUGCAGAAAGGGCUUUGAAAAAAACCAUUGAUGUUUAUGAGGAAGGAGCAUCUCAUCUUUUAGCAUCAGUGGAAUUUAGAGGAGUGUAUAAUGCUAAAGAAGUGCAAGGGACCAUCAUCGAAUGUUUGAAUCGUAUCGAAGCUUUGAAAGAAGCCAAGGAGUCGUUGAGUAAAAGCAAACACCUUGAACAAGGAUGGGGGUUUGGAUCAUGGUUUAAAGGCUGGUCGGGCACUGAUGUCAUUUAA